GGGGGAGAGGUGGAGGAGGAAAAGAGCAAUGACCCAGGCGUCACUAACGCCACUAUCCCUUGCAACACCAGCCGUAGGGAAUGCAUUUCCCUGGGGAAGUUGCAAGCUGCAGCAGUAAGAGCUGGUGAAACCUCAUGUGUCUCUCAGCACAUCAGCAUCAAUGGGAAUGUGGACCAUGGCUGCUAUCUUCAAGUGUCUCCUCUUGAUGCUCCUGGGCUCGGGCUGGCCUGGUCUGGGGAAUACUAGUGUGAAAGCAGCUCAGCUCAGGGAGCACAACAUAGCGGCUCAGUUCACAAGCUGGAACUAUAGUUCCCAGCAUGAGGAGCUGUCCAGAUUACCACAUCCUUCAUUUAAGAAAAUUGUGUACCAAGAGUAUGAAGCAGAUUUCAAAACUGAAAAACCAAGAAAUGCUCUAUUAGGGCUUCUGGGGCCAACACUCCGUGCUGAAGUGGGAGACACACUCAUCAUUCAUUUUAGGAACUUCGUUGACAGACCACUGAACAUUCAUCCACAAAGUCCAAUAGACAAUAAAAAACCAGAGAGUUCUUCCUAUUUUGACAAGGCAUCACUUACAGAAGGACUGGUCAGUGCUGUGCCUCCGGGCCAGAUGCACACAUAUGUGUGGGAGGUGACUGCAGCAAUUGGACCUAAAGCAGCCGAUCCCCCCUGUCUCACGUAUGCCUACUACUCACAAGUAAACAUGGUGGCAGACUUUAAUUCUGGCCUUAUUGGUGCCUUGCUGAUAUGUAAAGAAGGUAGCUUGCAUGAAAAUGGGACACAGAAACUAUUUGACAGGGAAUAUGUGCUGAUGUUUGCUGUGCUGGAUGAAAGCAAAAGCUGGGGAAAAGGGACCUCCCUCAUGUACACGAUUAAUGGUUAUGCUAAUGGGACGCUUCCAGAUGUACAGGCCUGCUGUUACGAUCGCAUUAGUUGGCAUUUGAUAGGGAUGUCUUCCAUGCCUGAGAUCUUCUCCAUCCAUUUCAAUGGACAGACCUUGGAGCAAGACCGCUACAAAGUGUCAACUGUCAGCCUUGUUGCAGGCGCAUCUGCGACAGCAAACAUGUCUGUGAGCAUGACGGGAAGGUGGCUAAUAUCAUCGCUCAUUACAAAGCAUCUGCAAGCGGGAAUGCAUGGUUACCUCAACAUAGAAGACUGUGGAAAACCAGACACUUUAACGAUGAAAUUAACCUUUAGACAAUGGAGGUUCAUUAAGGACUGGGACUAUUUCAUUGCUGCAGAAGAAAUCACCUGGGAUUACGACCAGGAUAUUGUUGACAAUGUUGAUAAAAGCCAUAAAUCUCAGUGUCUGGACAUUUUUUCAAAUCUCAUUGGCAAGAAGUAUAAAAAGGCUGUGUUCCGGCAAUAUAAAGACGCCACCUUCAGCAAACGCAUAGAAGAUACUAGGCCCAAAGAACAUGGAAUUCUGGGCCCUAUUAUCAGAGCUCAGGUCAGGGAUAAAAUAAAAAUUGUAUUCAAAAAUAUGGCCAGUAGACCCUACAGUAUUUAUGCGCAUGGAGUUACACUUUCAAAGGACGCAGAAGGAGCAGUUUAUCCUUCAGAUUCCAAAGAGAACAGCACUAAGGGUGCAGCGGUCCAACCAGGGGAAGUCUACACAUAUACGUGGACCGUACGUGACACAGAUGCUCCCACAGCAAAAGAUGCUUCGUGUGUCACCAGAUUUUAUCACAGUGCUGUGGAUACAACAAGGGAUAUCGCUUCAGGGCUAAUUGGACCACUUCUGGUGUGUAAACCCAAGGCACUCGACACCAAGGGGAUACAGAACAAGGCUGAUGAAGAGCAGCACGCAGUCUUUGCGGUGUUUGAUGAAAACAAGAGCUGGUACCUUGAGGAGAAUAUCAAGAAGUACUGCAGCAAUCCCUCCACUGUUAAGAGAGAUGACCCUAAAUUCUACAACUCCAAUGUCAUAAAGACCCUCAAUGGCUUUGCAUCUGAUAGAAAGCAUAUCCUAGGAUUUUGUCAGUCUGAAGUUGUUGAGUGGCAUCUUUCCAGCGUAGGCACACAGGAUGAGAUAGUGCCUGUAUAUCUUGCUGGUCACACCUUCCUGAGCAGAGGAAAACAUCAAGAUAUUUUAAAUCUUUUCCCCAUGGAUGGUAAAUCGGCCACUGUAACUAUGGAUAAUAUCGGAAUGUGGCUUCUAUCAUUGUGGGGCUCCCGUGAGAUGAGCUAUGGCAUGAGACUUAGAUUUAGAGAUGCCAAAUGUAAUGAUUACAACGAAGAAGAAGAAGAAGAGGAAGAAGAAGAAGAAGCAUAUGACUUUGGCGAAGAGGAUGUUGCUGCAGAUGUUGUCCAUUUUUCUCCUAAGGAAACUGAGCCAGCGAACGACUCUAAAGAUAACAACGGCACAGUAGCAGAAAGUCAAGACGGAGGAGCUCUGAGCGAAGUUGACAAAGAACAAGAGAUGCUGGCUGCAAUGCUGGGACUUCGAACCUUUAAAGAGACACUUGCUCAGGAAGAAGAGGUGAAUUUGACAGCUAUUGCCCUACAAGACGAUACUUCUGGCUCCAACUCUGUGAGUAACGAUGGUGCCUCUGUGAACUCACGUCUUGUUUUCACAAAUCACAAUGAUUCUUUGCAUAGUGAUAAAGUGCUGGAAAUUCAUAGUACCACUUCUUACCCAAGUGCAGUUGAAUCCCUUCGUCCCAAUUACACAUCUUUGGCCAGAGAGAUUUUGCUUUCAGCUAUCCCUGUGCCAGUUAGCACCUUGUCAUCUGAUCAAGGACAAAGUCACCGUGAAAAGAGAGCUCAUCCGAUCUCAGAUAAUUAUACCCAAACACUCAGGGCUGAACAUUUGAGAACGGAUGGGGGAGUCCAGAGAAAAGAUACAGAAGAAUUAUGGGUUGAUGGAGAGAAUAACACCAAGGCCGCUUUUGCAGUAACCUCUUCAGUAACCUCUUCAAUGGAGGAGCAAGAAAAAAGUGCGUCUGGAAAUGAUACUUUGGACGGAAAGAGUGAAAACCAUGUUCUGACAGAGGCAAUAUUGUUUGCCCUUAAAGAGAUGCGUGCCUUGCUGCAUUAUGUACAACAAAAGAGAAAUAUUUCUGCUUUAGGUAACACCACUUCAGAUAGUAAAUUUUUUGCCAUUCCUAGUACAGAAAAUGCUUCCAGCUUAGAGAACUUGGAAACUUAUAACUUUUCAUAUUAUUAUGAGGAGUAUGAAGAGGAAGUAAAUCCUCCACCUCCCAUGCUUUCAUCUAAUUUAACUUUGGCUGUGGGAGAAACAGUGGAAAACAACCGUUCUGAACCAUUACAAGUUUCUGAACUGCAGCUGUUGAAAGUUCAACAGAAUGGCAAUUUGACUUUGGAUGGUGUGUCAGACACCUUGAUUUCUACUCUCAUUCCAAAGACAGUCAAGAGUUUGAAAAAAUUGCCAAAGCAAAGACGGAAGUGUCCCCCUAAAAAGACCGAUUAUGAAUGGAAUGCCGUCUCUGAGAAGAAGUCUUAUGAAACACCAACAGAUCUCACUAGGAAUAUUGACAAUAACUUUCAGAACAGCUCCAUAAAUGACACGAUGUAUCUAGAAAAUGCUAUGUUUCCUAGUAAGGAAAUGCAGAAGGCACAUAAAGGUGACUCCCAUCUUGAGUUAGGCCAACCAGAAAUGAGCCACAAACAUGAAAAAAGAAAUGAGAACUGCACUGUCAGUACAUCCGGAACUUUCCUGAAGGCCCGACGAAAGAAAAAAGCCCCACAUGCCUCUUUAUCACCAAGAACCUCCAAGCCUCUGGGACGGCUCAGCAAUUCGCAACUCUCCGUUAUAGUCAACCAAAAUUACACUCUGGCACAAACCCCAUAUGAAGCAACUGUCAAAAUAGGUUUUCCAGUUGAAAAUGGGGACUAUAAAGAAUAUGACUUAGAUAUGUUAGAAUAUGACAAGAUAGACGAUGAAGAGAGUAGCAGUGGGUCCUUUGAAUAUCAGGUUCAAUACUAUCACGAUCCAUAUACCAUGGAUUCCCGACUUGACACUCAUAAUAAGCGUAGCCCAGAGGCUAUAGCUGGAAUCUACCUACGCACCACUGGCAACAGAGGAAACGUAAGGAAAUACUACAUUGCAGCUGAAGAAGUUUUCUGGGACUAUGGACCAUCAAGAAGAAGUACAGAGAAAAGUAGCUUAUACAGGAGCGUGUACAGAAAAGUGAUUUUCCAAAGUUAUUUGGAUGAUACUUUCAAGAUUCCUAUUGUUGAUGGGGAAUAUGAAGAGCACCUUGGUAUUCUUGGUCCCGUCAUUAGAGCGGAAGUGGAUGAUGUCAUCCAGGUUCAGUUUAAAAAUCUAGCAUCCAGGCCAUAUUCUCUCCACGCCCAUGGGCUUUACUAUGAGAAAUCGUCUGAAGGUAGAAGCUACGAUGAUCAGUCUCUAGACUGGUUCAAAAAGGACGAUGCCAUCAUGCCCAAUGAUACUUAUACAUAUGUCUGGCAUGCAACCAAACGAUCAGGGCCUAUGCAAAAUCAGAGAGUAUGUAGAUCCUGGGCCUAUUACUCUGCCGUAAACCCGGAAAAAGAUAUUCACUCUGGCUUGAUUGGGCCCAUCUUGGUCUGUCAAAAAGGAAUGCUGGAUGAAUAUAACAGGCCGAUAGACGUGCGAGAAUUUGUCUUGCUAUUUAUGGCCUUUGAUGAGGAGAAAAGCUGGUACUUUGAUAAAAAGACUCGUGCUGGGAGACCUUCCAGAGCCCAACAUAAAUUUCCCGCAAUUAAUGGGAUCCAGUACCAGUUGGAGGGGUUGCGGAUGUAUAAGGAUGAGGCGGUGCACUGGCAUUUGCUGAACUUGGGUGGUCCACAAGACAUUCAUGUCAUUAAUUUUCAUGGUCAGACAUUCACAGAGCAGGGAAUGGAAGAUCAUCAGCUUGGGGUUUACCCUCUUCUUUCUGGUUCAUUCACUACUGUUAAAAUGAAACCAUCCACAGCUGGCAUGUGGCUUUUAGAAACUGAAGUUGCGGAGUAUCAGGAAGCCGGAAUGCAAGCCUCCUUUACUGUUAUAGAUAAAGAGUGCAGAUUACCUAUGGGUAUGGAAAGUGGUGUUAUAGAAGACUCACAAAUCAGUGCUUCAGGACACAUAGGAUACUGGGAGCCUAAACUGGCAAGAUUAAAUAAUUCUGGAAAAUACAAUGCUUGGAGUACUGACAAGAAAAAUGCACUUCCAUGGAUCCAGGUUGAUCUGCGGAGACACGUUCUAAUCACAGGUAUUCAGACCCAGGGAGCCAAGGCAUUAUUGAAAUCCUUGUAUACAAUGGAAUAUUUUAUUGCCUACAGCAAUGAUGGGAGAAAGUGGAUCAAUUUUAAAGGGAACUACAUAGGAAUAAGCAUGCCUUUUGAAGGCAAUUCAGAUGCUCAUGGAAUAAAAGAAAAUACCAUUGAUCCUCCUAUUGUCACUAGGUAUAUUAGGGUGUUUCCAAGCAAAUCCUAUAACAGGCCUACUCUUCGUAUAGAACUCCUGGGCUGUGAAACAGAAGUCUGCUCUAUGCCAUUGGGAAUGGAAUCGGGGGCUAUCAAGGAUGCACAGAUUACAGCCUCUUCUUUUAAGAAAACUUGGUGGAGUUCCUGGGAGCCAUCCCUUGCCCGCCUCAAUCUAAAAGGGCGGACAAAUGCCUGGCAACCAAAGUCAAGCAACCACCGCCAGUGGCUACAGAUUAAUCUCCUUCAACCUAUGAAGAUAACAGGCAUCAUAACCCAAGGGGCUAAAUCGAUGAAUACCAAAAUGUAUGUGAAAACAUUCUCCAUCCUUUACAGUGAUGAUGGUUCAGCAUGGAAGCCUUACUUGGAUGGAUCAAAUUCCUUUGAAAAGGUUUUCACAGGAAACAUUAACAAUGAUGGGCAGAUCAAGCACUUCUUCAAACCACCUAUAGUUUCCGGGUUCAUUCGUAUUGUUCCUAAAACAUGGAAUCAGAGUAUAGCGCUUCGGCUGGAACUCUUUGGCUGUGAUGCUUCAUAGGGGCUGGACAGAAGACUUGUUAAGCGAAGAAGCCCCAAACUAUUAAACUGGUUCUCACCAGCUCAAUUUUAAAAGAAAAACCAAAAAAGCCCAUAAUAAAACUGCAGGCAUGAUUAUGUUGUACAUAUCCAAGGCAUUUUCAGAUGUGGAUUUGAAAUAGCUUUGAAAAUAUCAAUUAAGGGUGUAAUCCUAUGCAUAUUUAUAGAGAAAAAAAGUCCUACAACUCCCAGCAUUCCCCAAGCACCCAUACUGGCUCGGGACUGCUGGGAGUUGUAGGACUUUCUCCUCUCUGUAAACAUGCAUAGGAUUAAGUCCUAAAAGAGAUAUCACAGCUAUUUAAGUAGUGUGAUUACAUAAGACAAACAAACAAUUGGUUUUUUUCCCCAUUUUCACUAUGAAUUUAUUUCUCCGCUGUGGCACCACCGUUGUGGAAUGAGCUCCCCAGAGAGAUCUGCCUGGCGCCUACACUGUACUGCUUUCGUCACCAGCUGAAGACCUUUUUAUAACAUAUGACUUAACAUGUUACCACCAUAUUAUGUAAAUAAAAUAUUAGACUAUCUUAUGAAAGACUGAGAUAUCAGCAGCUAUUAGGUCAGGGGCAUACAACCUGAUGCCAAUGGUGUCUUCUUUAUGACCUCUAUGAAUACCUGAAGUGAAUCACUGUGACUGUAAUAGUCCAUUAAGAUCUUGUACUGUUGGGACACGUCUGAAGCAUGUAAUCUGCCCAUCCUUAGAUGGAUUCUGUGAUAUAUUGAUCUCUUCAUUUAAGAAGCUGGAAACCGUAACUCUACCAACAAAUUAGCCCAGUGCUAAUGCAACCAGUGCACCUUUUGCUUGCUUUCUUAGGUCAGAAUAAAGGAGAAAUGGGUUCCCAGGAUGCAAAUAAUUUAUUUUCAUGAAUAAUUUAUUUUCUUCAUGGAAAUAAAUUAUUUGCAUCCUGAGAACGUGUUUCUCUUUUUUUCUGACCGUGCUUGGACGCUCUUCUCCUCUUGUUUUUGGCUUUCUUUCUUCGCAUGUUAUGUUUUCUAAGAAAGCAAUCCUAUGGUCACAGGAGACCUUCCCAAGGACCACAGGAUUUUUCGGAAUUCUCCCUCCGAGGCUGUAGACACUUCUACAGCCUUGGAAGGGAGCUCUGGAAUCAGAUCUUUCCCCCUACCCCCUAGCGCCUGCCACUGAAAGAAUCCGAUCAGCUGCUUUACGAGAGAAUUCUGUAAGGAGCACAUUCCAGGAGCGGGAAGGGAAGGGGAAAGGCCAGAUUAUGAAGAAUUGUAUGGCCUCGCCAGCCCCUGCCAGCGCACAUCUUUUAGACAGCUCAGAGGCCCAUCUAGAAGAAAAUCAAAACAGGAGCACAGAGGUGAAAAUUGUCCCCCUUGCUUCUCCCACUCUGCCAGCAGCAACCCGGCAGGACUCUGCAUACAUGGAAGCCUCCGAGUUCAACAUUGUGGAUCCAACUGCCCAUUAAGAAUCCUAUGUGAGGGCUGCUGGCAGAAUCACACCCUUGUUUCCUUGAACAGAAUCAUACAUGGUGCUUAAGUUGAGAAGCCCUGGGCCUCAGAUCUGUGCCUGAUGAAUGGGCUCAACUUCUCAAACUAUUAGCAAUUUAUUUAAUGCACAGAGAGAGCAAAAAAAAAAGCUACAGACCUUUGGAAUAUAGAUAUCUUCAUUUUGGGCUCCUGAGAAGUGGUUUUCACACCUCAGAACAUACAAUAAAAGCUACUGCCAUUAUCCAACACCAGAGAUGUUAUAUCCAACACAAACCUUUCUGGUUUGUGCAAUUUAUGAUCGUUGUUGGCUCCAGAUGGCUGGAGAGAUGCCCUGAGUGGACUCACCUCGCUACUGUCACCACUGCCCGUUCACUCAAGACUUGUUUUAUCACCCUCUCAGCCCAAUCUGCAACUUAACAAAUACUGCAUCUUAAAGAACUUUUUAAAGAACAUGAGCAGAAAUGGUUUUGUAAGGUAUAUAUAAUUAUGUAUCUCAGGGGUCCCCAACAUUUUUGGACCUGUGGGCACAUCUGCGAAUUUGAGAAACAGUUAUGGGCGCCAUCAUAAAAUGUCUAAUCAAUGGUCUAUGGAUUUUGUGUCUUGUUCAGCAAAAACAUUUGUUUUGUGUCUAUUGGAGACAGCAAUGCCUUUAAUAAGGGAUUGUUUAAUUUGGCUAAUUGUUGAUGGUGCAAUAAAGCUAGUGCUUAUUUGAAACAUA